AGACUGAGGCAAUAGAAAGAGAAGCCGAAGCGGUUAGGGUUUGGGUACAAACCAAAAUACACAGAGUGAAAGAGAGAAAGAGAGAGAUGGCCGGGAGAGAAGAGUACCGAAUCUUCGUCGGAGGUUUAGCCUAUGAAGUCACAGAGCAUGAGCUCGAGAGCGCCUUCGCUCGCUUUGGCAAAGUCCAUGAAGCGCAGAUCAUGCUGGAAAGAGAUACAAAGCGUCCUCGUGGUUUUGGUUUUAUCACAUUUGGAGAUCGACGAGCAAUGGAAGAUGCAAUCCGGGAGAUGCAUGGACAGGAAUUGGGUUCCCGCACUAUCUCUGUGAACAAAGCCCAACCCAGGAUGGGAGGUGAAGAUUCUGAUCAUGGCUAUAGAGGAGGAGGAGGAGGGGGAGGAUACUCUUCUGGUGGCAGGAGAAGCUAUGGAGGAGGUGGUGAUAGAUCUGUGGGCCAAGAUGAAUGCUUCAAGUGUGGGCGUACAGGACAUUGGGCUCGAGACUGCCCAUCUGCUGGUGGUGGAAGAGGUGGAGGGGGAGGUUCAUUCUCUUCACAUUCUAGGUUUGGGGGAGGUGGGCGUGUGGAUCGCUUUGGUGGAGAUCAUGAUCGCUACAUGGAUGACCGUUAUGAUGGAGGGCGCUAUGGAGAUAGGGAUCGUUUUGACAGCAGGGAGGACAAAUAUGGGAGCCGUGAUCGCUAUGUCAGUGACAGGUACCCAGCUGGUGAUCGUUUCGCUAGUGACAGAUAUGGUGGUUCUGAUCGUUACCCCCAAAAUGGCUAUGGAAAAGACAGAGGCUAUGACAGGGAUGGUGGAGUGAGAGGUGGCAGUGAUAGAUAUGGAAGAGGAGGUCCAGCAAGAGAUGAGGGAGGUUACCGUAGCAGGGCUGGCCCUUACGACCGCCCUAGCAGGGGAGGCCGCCCAUCUUCUUUUGACCGCUACUAAUGUCUAAAAGUGGGAUUGUCAGUUUUCAUUGAACUUGUAGCUGUUAUGUGUACGAUUUUUAGAUUCUUGCUGUGGGAUGUUGAAAGUAAAUUUGCGUAGGAGGACUUUUAUGCAUUACUAUCGUUUACUAGUUACUUGUUUGAGUAUUACUUGUAACCCUCUCUCUUUCUAUCCUUUAAUUCUUUUGUUGACAAAGAAAUAAAGGAACAUGAGAGAUUAGGGUAAUUCUAAUUGGAAAAAUAGACCUGUUGUUGAAAAUUAGUAUUUGUUUGUGUUC